AGUAGUAGUACCAUGUGAGGCUUUUAUAGAAAUACUUUUAAACACUUGAUGGAUCUGUUACUAGUUUUAGAGCCUACAGUUGCAAUCAUUUCAGUUUAAAGGAUUUCUUCACACCAUAGUGAUCUAAUCAAAUCAAACUUAAUGUCCUCCAGAAUAGUGAAGAUGUUGCCUAACUAGGGUUGUUUUUAUCUUUGCGAAAAGGUUGCGAAACCAAAUUUUCUUCAUUUACCUUUCCUUUUAAAUAAAUGACUCUAGAUACCUUUCUUUUAAAGAACAUUCCUGAUACAUGCCUACAGUAGAAAUACUCUUCAGAAAUCACACAUAAAAUCUGUAUCCAGUUUGAAUCUUUGUAAGUUUAUCUGGAUAUGUUGAGCUCCUCAGAGUGUGUUUCAGUCUGCCAGCUGAUUGGUUGAUUGGUGGCAGCAUUCUGCAGCAUGUGAUUGGCUGAUUAACGGCUGAACGCUGCAUGUGAUGUCAGUCAGCCGCAUUUAAUCAGACUGUGUGUGCAUGUCUCUGUGUGUGUCGAUGUGUGUGUGUCGGUGUGUCUGUCUGUGUGUGUGUGUGUGUGUGUGUGUGUGUGUGUGUGUGUGUCUCUCUCUCUCUCUGUGUGAAGCUCCUCCCCCUGAUGAUGUCACAACCCUAAGUAUAAAUGUGCAGCAGCGUCUUUUUUGGACAGACAGACGUCAUGUGGUGUCAGCGAGGUUUCCUGCAGACGGUCAGACGCAUGUCCACCAGCAGACAGGCAGGCGUCCUCUUUGAUGUGGACGGCGUCCUGCUCCGCGGCGGCUCUUUAAUUCCCGCCGCUCGGCGAGCUUUCCGGAAGCUUCUGGACCGAAACAACAACUUCCUGUUUCCUGUCGUGUUCGUCACCAAUGCAGGAAGCUGUCAGAGACACCACAAGGCCCAGCAGCUGUCUCACCUUCUGGACGUCCAGAUCUCUCCGGAGCAGGUGGUUCUGUCCCACAGUCCUUUGCGGAUGUUAAAGAGUUUCCAUGAUAAGUGCGUGCUGGUGUCGGGACAGGGACCGCUGACCGACAUCGCCAACUCUUUGGGUUUUCAGAAGGUGGUGAACGUGGAGCAGCUGAGAGAACAUCACCCCCUGCUGGACAUGGUGGAGCACGGCCCCAGACCCAAACCCCCGUCGUCUCCUCUGCAGACGCUUCCUCAAAUAGAAGCGAUCAUCCUAUUCGGAGAGCCAAUCAGAUGGGAGACCAACCUGCAGCUGCUGAUUGACGUGCUGCUGACCAAUGGGAGUCCGGCUGGUGUGCACGCUCCGGCGGCGUUGCAGCUGCCCGUGCUCGCCUGCAACAUCGACCUCAUGUGGAUGGCAGAGGCGCCGUCUCCACGGUUUGGUCACGGGAUGUUCCUGCUGUGUCUGGAGUCGGUCUACAGGAAGCUGACGGGUCGAGAGCUGCAGUACGAGGCGCUGCUGGGGAAGCCGAGCCUGCUGACGUACCGCUACGCCGAGCGCCAGCUCAGACUGCAGAACCACGGCCGCAAGCUCAGCACUGUCUACGCCAUUGGCGACAACCUGAUGACGGAUAUCUACGGAGCUAACCUGUACGACCGCUACCUGAGUCAGCAGCAUGCUGCCAUGACGACCACCACCAAGCUCGUUGCCCAGGGAACGGGCAGUCAGGUGACGAUGGCGGUGCCAGAGGAGGAGGAGCUGGUGUCUGCCGCCGCACAGUGCCGCUCCAUCCUGGUGUGCACAGGUGUGUAUAACCGCGGCGACGGUAACAUGGCGGUCUCAGAGUCUGUGUUCCACGGCCACAGAGACCUGGCCUUGGAUCUGGAGCUGGUGGAGCCGCAUCACUUGGUGGAGGACGUGGAGGAGGCUGUCGACCUGAUGCUGCAGCAGGAGAACCUGACCUCUGACCUCUGACCCAUAUGACCUCUGGCUGCAGCUGAUGUCAGUCAACACAUGAUAUGAGUCCUGUAUGAAGCUACGGCUACACCACUUGGACGGAGUGAGAAAACUAAAUACGUUCACCCAGGAAACACGUUUUGUUUUUUACUUUUGUUUUUAUUGAUUUUUGAGUUUAACAGACACACCAACAACAGAAAAAAGUAUAUAUACUGUACACACACAUAUAUAUAUAUAUAUAUACACAAAAACAUACAACAGAAAAAUCCCACCCAAAACGAACAGCAGACACUGCAUUGUCUUCAAACUAAGGAAAAAAAAAAAAGCACGGUCGAAUGCCUUUUCAGCAUCCAACGAAAUUGUAAACGCUGAGUUUUUAUGGGUAUUAAGAUAGUGAAUGACAUUAAGUGCUCGACGUACGUUGUCUGUGCCAUAUCUUGAUUUCACAAAUCCUGCGUGAUCAGGAUUAAUAAUUUCAGGAAGAACAUUGUUAAGCCUGUGGGCCAUAAAAAUUGGGUGGAUUUCUGGCCAAAAUUUCUUGUAAUAUUCUAGUGGAAAGCCAUCAGGCCCCGGACUCUCGGUAGAGUUUUAAUCUUUUUUCUAAACCUAACUUGUCGUUUCGGUGCCUAAACCUAACUGUUGUGGCAGAAUGGCUGAACUAAACUACCACGGUCCCUGAAAGCACCGUCAUCUGGCGGCGCCUGUACCAACUAACAACUGUGACACAACUACCAACGCGGAGACAAAGGGCUGCGGGUCGGAUUCAAACCCCAGCCGCUGCCAAGGACUCAGCAAGCAUCACUGGGGAGCUAGAGACGCCACGAUUCUGUCUUUUAAUUUGAGUUAGAGUUUAACUGUGAUGAAAUAUGCAUUAUAAAUAAAAUGGCCAUUUUAAUAAUCUAA